AUGCCAUCAUGGUGGGGGAAGUCUUCCUCCAAAGAUGCAAAGAAAACCACCAAAGAGAACCUCAUGGAUACAUUUCAUCGGUUUAUAAGUCCAAAUGAGCAAAAAGGAAGCACAAAAUCAAAACGGAGGUAUAGACGUGGCGAUGAUACAGCUGUUGAAAAGGUCUGCCAGUCUACCACAGUAUCGCGCGCAACUUCACCCUCAAAAGAAGUUUCUCGCUGUCAAAGCUUUUCAGCUGAUAGGCUACAUUCCCAACCACUUCCUGUUCCUGGAUCACGUCCUGCAGUCACACGCACUGCUUCUGAUGUCACUGAAUCAAGGCCCAUAUUAGAAAAACGUGGCAAACCACCACUGCUUCUGCCACUUCCUAAACCUAACAGGCCUCAGAGAAGGUCAGAAAUAGUGAUUGCUUCCCUCUCUAGCAACUGCUCUGUUGAUAGUGAUGACCAUGGAGAUUCUCAGCUUCCGAGCCCUGUUGGAAAUGAUGCUGAAAACACAACAAAUACUACUUCCAAGAGCAAGUCAAGUAAUGUGCGCAAAGAGCGUCCUGGUGCUAUCACCACCAAGAAUACCAAGGAGACGGCAAAGACAGCUAAUCAAUUCCUCAGUAACCAUACAUUGUCCACAUCGCCGAGAGGUAUUGCAGCUGAUAAUCACCAACCUAAUCCACAAAAUCCUCGGCCGGUAGUCUUGGAGAGUGCUCCGAAUAGUUUGAUGUCAAGUCCAUCUAGAAGUCCGAGAAGAAUAUGUCCGGAUCAUAUUCCAACUUCAGCCUUUUGGGCAGUGAAGCCUCAUACAGAUGUUACUUUCCUUGGCUCUGGUCAGUGCUCCAGUCCAGGUUCAGGGCAAACAUCUGGGCACAACUCCGUGGGUGGUGAUAUGCUAGCCCAGCUUUUCUGGCAGCCCAGCAGAGGUAGUCCAGAGUGUUCACCGAUUCCUAGCCCAAGAAUGACAAGUCCUGGCCCUAGUUCCAGGGUGCACAGUGGAAGUGUUUCUCCGUUGCAUCCGAGGUCUGGAGGGAUGGCACCUGAAUCUCCGACAGGUCGGAAUGAUGGUGGGAAGAAGAAGCAAACCCACAGAUUGCCUCUUCCACCACUGAGCAUCUCUAAUAAUUCAUUUUUUCCAAACAAGUCCACGCCAGCUAGUCCUAUUUCAGUGCCUCGUAGUCCUGGUCGACCAGAGAAUCCACCGAGUCCUGGAUCACGAUGGAAGAAGGGGAAGCUGAUUGGUCGUGGGACAUUUGGCCAUGUAUAUGUCGGCUUUAACAGUGAUAGCGGUGAAAUGUGUGCUAUGAAAGAGGUGACCCUAUUCUCGGAUGAUCCUAAAUCAAAGGAAAGUGCAAAGCAGUUGGGGCAGGAAAUAUCGCUCUUGAGCCGCUUACAACACCCAAAUAUCGUACGAUACUAUGGCACAGAAACGGUUGAUGACAAACUGUAUAUAUAUUUGGAGUUUGUGUCUGGUGGAUCUAUCCAUAAACUUCUACAAGAGUAUGGACAGCUUGGUGAACCAGCAAUACGCAGCUACACUCAGCAGAUACUCUCAGGCUUAGCUUAUUUGCAUGCGAAGAAUACAGUCCAUAGGGAUAUCAAAGGUGCAAACAUACUAGUAGAUCCUAGCGGUCGUGUUAAGCUUGCAGACUUUGGAAUGGCUAAACAUAUCAAUGGGCAGCAAUGUCCUUUCUCAUUUAAGGGUAGCCCAUAUUGGAUGGCUCCAGAGGUUAUAAAGAGUUCGAAUGGUGGUUGCAAUCUUGCGGUUGACAUAUGGAGUUUAGGAUGCACUGUCCUGGAGAUGGCUACCGCAAAACCCCCAUGGAGCCAGUACGAAGGGAUUGCUGCAAUGUUCAAGAUUGGAAAUAGCAAGGAACUUCCACCAAUACCAGAUCACCUAUCAGAGCAGUGCAAGGACUUCAUCAGGAAGUGUCUGCAACGUGAUCCUUCUCAACGGCCGACAGCAAUGGAGCUUUUGCAACACCCGUUCAUACAAUAUAAAGUCCGACUUGAGAAAUCCGUUAUGUCUGAUCCUUUGGACCAUUUGCCCGUGAUAUCUUGUAGACCGAAUUCUAAGGUGGCUGGACAUACAACAAAUAUUUCGUCAUUGGGAUUGGAGGGUCAGACAAUUUACCAGAGAAGGGGUGCAAAAUAUUCUUCGAAGCAUAGCGAUAUCCAUAUACGGAGCAAUAUAUCAUGUCCAGUUUCUCCAUGUGGAAGUCCUCUGCUAAGGUCAAGGUCUCCCCAACAUACAAAUGGCCGAAUGUCACCCUCUCCAAUUUCAAGCCCCAGAACCCUUUCAGGCACCUCUACUCCCCCGUCUGGUGGAAAUGGUGCUAUUCCCUUUAAUCAUUCGAAGCAACCAACCUACAGCAAUGAAGGAUUUGCAAUCGCAUCAAGAGGCCCAGAUGAUCACUUCCCCAACCGGCCUACAGAUCGUAACCUUGGGCAAUUUGGUCGAGUGCAUCAAGUCUCACAGGUGAGUCAGGAGAGGAUAGUAACUGAAGCUAACAUUCUGAGCCCUCAAUUUGGAAAGAGGCUUGGAAACGUUUUUGAUCUGCGAGAUAGACUGUCGCCUUCUGAACAUUUCAGUCGUCCUACCUUGGUGGAUCAUGUGAAGCCAAAUCCUUCACUAGACUUAACAACUUGUUCUCCCCACCUUGGACACAAGCGUGAUAACUAA